AUGAGUACAACUACUCCUGCAGCGAGGCAGACACGUGGAUCUGACACCCCUUUCCGCCUGGCUGUCGUCGGUUCCGGACCCGCCGGCUUCUAUGCCUCUUACCGCGUUAUGUCACAACUCCCGCAAACCAGGGUCGACAUGUACGAAAGGCUGCCCGUGCCUUUCGGCCUCGUUCGGUUUGGAGUCGCCCCGGACCAUCCCGAGGUCAAGAAUUGUCAAGGAAAGUUUGAGGAAGUUGCGAGCUCGCCCACCUUUUCCUUUAUGGGUAAUGUAUCCAUAGGCGACUCCGGUCUUCACCAUGAAAGCUGUACUAUUCCAUUUCCCACACUAUUGCGGAACUACGAUGCCGUGUUGCUGGCAUACGGGGCUGCGAAAGACAGAAUUCUCGGCAUACCUGGAGAGUCUGACCUCCAUGGCGUGUAUUCGGCCCGCCAGUUUGUCGGUUGGUACAAUGGGCUUCCAGAAUACGCCGGACUGGCACCAGAUCUUUCGAAGGGCGAGGAAGCCGUCAUCAUAGGCCAGGGCAACGUGGCUCUGGACGUUGCCAGGAUGCUCCUCGAAGAUAUUGACAUUCUACGGCGAACUGACAUCACGGAACAGGCCCUGGCUCAACUUGCGACAUCUCGUGUCAAACGGGCCGCCUUUACCAUCAAAGAGAUCAGAGAGCUGAUGAAAAUCCAAAACAUUGCCUUUCAUUCCGUGGACAGAACCUUGGCCCCCCCAGACAUCAAGUCGCUACCCAGAGCAGCGAGGCGCUUGAUGGAGGUAGUCGUCAAGGGAUCCACGGCCCUCCCAGACAAUGUCGACAAGUCAUGGUCGCUUGACUUUUGCUUGAGCCCUAUUGAGUUCCGGGCCAGUGAAACGGUCCCUUCUGAUGUUGGGAGCACCGUCUUUGAGCGGACCGAACUGUCUCACAAGUUCGACCCUGGUGCUCAAGCACGCCUUACAGGGGAAACACUGAGAUUGCCUUCGGACUUGGUCUUCCGGUCUAUCGGUUACAAGUCCGUACCCUUGCCAGGGUUCAAGGAAGCCGGUGUGGCAUUCGACGAUCGGCGAGGCGUUGUCAUGAACGACGGUCGCGGCAGGGUUCUUAACAUAGAUCAAGCUGAAGUCUCUGACUCGAUCCAGUCAGGAAUAGCAAAUGGCAUAUACUGCGCCGGGUGGGUGAAGCGAGGCCCAACCGGCGUCAUUGCUUCAACAAUGCAGGACGCCUUUGAGACAGGCGACUCGAUUGUGCAGGACUGGCUAUCUGGCUUGCAAUUUCUCCCUCAAGUCAACGCAAAACCCGCUGCUGGCUGGGAUGGCGUCCGGGCGGAGAUUGGCGAGUCUGCAUCUAAAAGGAUUGGAUGGGACGAUUGGCAUAGAAUAGAUGACGCAGAGAAGGAAAAGGGUCGAGCCGCAGGCAAGGAGCGGGAGAAGUUUACGUCAACGAAGGCCAUGCUCGAGGUUCUAUCGUAA